CUGCAGCACCAUUUUUCUGUUUUCCAAAGCAGCGUUUUCUGCUCCCCCCCCUGCCUCUCAUCCUCUUUCAGUUCCAGUUCCCUCUCUCUGAUAGAGAAGAUAAGCAUCCUGAUAAACACGACUAGCCGCUUAAAUCCACCCUCCUGAAACCCCUCUCUCCUCGCUGUCUAUCCAUCUCUUUCAUAGUUACUCUGUUCUUAGAAAAAAUCAUGUCUUUUGUUGAACUGGCCGUGUCUUUCAUUGGAGAGUCUGCUCUGUCAUCAUUCAUUGAGUCCUUGUUUGAGAGAAUUGAGUGCCCUGAGUUUCUAAAGUUUGCUCGUGAGAGGCAAGUAAGUGCUGAAAUUAACGAGUGGGAGAAAAGAUUGAUGACGAUCCAAGCCAUGCUUGAAGAUGCAGAGGAGAAGCAGAUGUCUAACCGGUCGGUGAAGAUGUGGGUGGACGAGAUCAAAGAUUUGGCUUAUGAUGUGGAGGACAUCUUGGACGAGUUUCAAACUGAAUCUUUACAACGCCAGUUGAAAGGAGAAACUGAAGCUGGUUCAAGUAAGCUUCGGAAACUCUUUCAUACUGUGACAACUACCAUCAAUCCAGGAGCAGUGAUUUUCAAUUCAACGAUGGUGUCCAAGAUGAAGGAGAUCACUACCAGAUUUCAGAAGAUCGUAGACCAGCAAAACCACUUGGAUUUGAUAAAGAGAAAUGUUGGUGGGACGUCCUCUAGCAAGGUCUGUGUGCGACCUCCCAGUACAUGUUUGGAUCAUGAACCUGAAGUGUAUGGCAGAGAUGAAGAUAAAAGGAAGAUACUUGAUUUGAUUUCGAAUACAAGUGAAGUGAAAGUUGGAGUAAUACCCAUUUUUGGGAUGGGCGGGGUGGGUAAAACAACACUCGCCCGGCUUGUCUACAAUGAUGAGUCAUCACAACAACAAUUUCAUCUAAAAGGAUGGGUUUGUGUGUCUGAUGAGUUUGACAUUUUGAAGAUAACAAAGAGCAUUCUUGAGUCGAUCACUCGACAGUCGUGUUAUCUAAACGAGCUCAAUCAAGUUCAACUGGAGUUGUGUGAAAAAUUAGAAGGAAAGAAGUUUUUGAUUGUUUUAGACGAUGUCUGGAACAAGAAUUAUGAUGAGUGGAAUGCCUUGUGUUCUCCAUUGAUGCAUGGAGCUCCGGGAAGCAGAGUGAUCGUGACAACCCGUGAAGAAGCUAUUGCACGGAUGAUGGAAACAAUUGAAUCUCACAAUUUGAAUUGUAUUUCAGAUGAAAAUUGCUGGAAAUUGUUUCUUUACCAUGCCUUUGCUGGUAGAAGAGUUGCAUAUCCAAAAUUGGAAGUCAUCCGCGACAAGGUCAUCAAGAAGUGUGGUGGCUUGCCUUUGGCAGCAAGGACUUUGGGUGGCCUUCUACGCUCAAAACCAUGGGACGAUUGGGAAAAUAUAAUGAACAGCAAAAUCUGGAAUUUACAAGACGAUGUCAACAACAUUCUUCCUGUGUUAAAAUUAAGCUACUAUCAUCUCCCUUCCCAUUUAAAGAGGUGUUUCGCUUAUUGUGCAAUAUUCCCCAAGGAUUAUGUAUUUGAAGAGCAAGAGCUAGUCCUUCUAUGGAUGGCAGAAGGUUUAAUUGAGCAACGUGACGGUCAACAUGUGGAGGAUGUGGGAGAAGAGUAUUUUCAAGAUCUAUUCUCUAGAUCAUUUUUUCAAUCUUCAAGCACUGGUGGAUUCAUAAUGCAUGACCUGGUGAAUGACCUAGCACAAGUGGUUGCUGGAGACGCAUGUUUCAGAUUGGAGGAUAAAGUGACUCCACGUAAGCGAGAAAAAUCUCGCCACUCUUCUUACAUCCCUAGCCCCUAUGAUCGCUGUGAAAGAUUUGAGUUGUUUGAAAAUAUGAAGUGUAUGCGAACCUUCCUGCCUUUAUCACUACACCGUUUUGGUUAUAACUCCUUAGCAAAUUGUGUCCCUUCUUAUUUGUUAUCAAUGUUAGGAUGUUUAAGGGUGCUAUCCUUCCAUUGUUAUAAUAUCACUGAGCUACCAGAUUCAAUAGGUGACUUGAAGCAUCUAAGGUAUCUCGACCUUUCACACACUUGUAUUGUAACUUUACCUGAGAGAACAACCUCUCUAUGUAAUUUACAAACUAUGCUGCUGAAAGGCUGUUGGCAUCUCAAGAAAUUGCCUUUAGAAAUGCAAAAUCUGAUCAACCUGCGUCAUCUUGAUAUCCAAGACACAUGUGUGGAAGGGAUGCUACAGGGAAUAGAAAAAUUGAGAAGUCUUCGGACAUUGUCUAAUUUUGUUGUGGGGGAAGGUAAUGAAGUGGGUAUAACAGCUUUGGAGAAUUUAAAGUUUCUUCGAGGGGCACUUCGCAUUUCAAGGUUGGCUAAUGUGGCUAAUGCUUCAAAUGUAAGAGGAACCAUUUUAUUGGACAAGGGGAGAAUAGAUGAUCUGGAGAUGGCAUGGGGAAGUUCUUAUUCUGCAAGUAGAUCGGUUUCUAUUGCAAACGAAGAAAGAGUUGUACUUGAGAAGAUGAAACCUCAUGAAAGUUUGGAAAAACUCACCAUAAUUGAUUAUGGUGGUUUUCAAUUUCCUUCGUGGGUAGGGGAUCCUUUAUUUCGAAAUCUAGUAUGCCUAGAGUUGAAAAAUUGCAACUGCACAACCUUGCCUCAACUUGGGCUGCUUUCUUCUCUCAAGGACUUGGUUAUCAUAGGGUUUCCCAAUGUAAGAGCGGUUGAUCGUGAGUUUUGUGGGGGGAGUAUGAGCAGUUCAAAUCCUUUUCCAGCUCUUGAGACUCUACGCUUUGAGGACAUGGAAGAAUGGAAAGAGUGGAAUAUUUGUGGGUGUAAAUUCCGUCUUCUGCGCGAGCUUUCCAUUGUUAAUUGUCCCGAACUGUUCGGAGAAUUACCCAGCGAUCUGCCUUCAUUGCAAAAGCUUGAGAUUAGAGAAUGUAAUGGAUUGGUGGUUUCAUUUCAAAACCUUCCUAUCAUAUCUCACUUCCAAAUCCAAGGAUGCAGAAAGGUUGAAUUAGUUAGAGGUUUUAGCGCAGCAAACUUCUUGAUGGUUAGUAAAGUAGAAUCAUUUUUAUUUGGACCGGAAGAGUUGAAGCAAGGCUUAAGAAAGUUGAAAAGCUUGACUGUUGGUAAUAAUUCUCACUAUGAAAGCAUCACUGUUGGUAAAAAUUAUUUCCCUCCUCUCUAUUGUCCACAAUGGGUGCUUUUUGAAGACAUCGCUAAACGUGAUGAGUUGUUGCACGAGAACCUCGCUGAUAGUCAAAUUAAAAAUUUGGAAUUUUGUUGUUGUACAGGGCUUGAGAAACUACCGCCAUGGAUUGAUAGCUUUAAGUCUCUGGGAAAGCUAUCUAUUGGAUACUGCCCGAGACUUAUUUCUUUGCCAGAUGCAGUGAUUUAUAAAAGUUUGUGUCUUGAGGAGUUGAAAAUUUGGUGGUGUGAUUCUCUAAUUUCCAUUGGAAGACACCAGCUACCCACAACUCUAAAAAGACUAGAGAUACGCGACUGCGACGGAUUGGAGAGGCUGCUGGAUGCGAGAGAGACUUGUUCCUCUUCCAGGUUUACUGAUAAGGAGGGUAUCAGCUGCGAUGCUUACUCAUCUAAUCUUCAGCCCUUGGGAAUUAUUAGGUGCCGCUCUCUUACAUUCUUAGGGGAGUUGCCUGUUUUCGACAACAACACAUCUCUUGAAUCUAUUGAAAUCGUAGGUGCUUAUCAUCUUAAAUCCUUACCUGAGAACCUGCACAUGCUCACCAAUCUACGCCGCAUUUUUAUAGGUUACUGUGAGGAACUCGAGGCCCUUCCUGAUGGUAUGCACAAUCUCACAUCUCUUCAAGAAUUGACUGUAAUGGAUUGUCCCAAUGUUGUUUCUUUCCCUCAGGGAGGGUUGCCCACCACUCAUCUGAAAAAAAUUAUACUUGAAUCCUGUGGGAAACUUAAGGCCCUUCCUGAUGGUAUGCACAAUCUCACAUCUCUUCAAGAAUUGACUGUAAUGGAUUGUCCCAAUGUUGUUUCUUUCCCUCAGGGAGGGUUGCCCACCACUCAUCUGAAAAAAAUUAUACUUGAAUCCUGUGGGAAACUUAAGGCCCUUCCUGAUGGUAUGCACAAUCUCACAUCUCUUCAAGAAUUGACUGUAAUGGAUUGUCCCAAUGUUGUUUCUUUCCCUCAGGGAGGGUUGCCCACCACUCAUCUGAAAAAAAUUAUACUUAAAUCCUGUGGCAAACUUGAGGCCCUUCCUGAUAACAUGCACAAUCUCACUUCUCUUGAAGUUUUGGCUAUGCAAGAUUGCCCAGGCAUCAUGUCCUUUCCAGAAGAAGGUUUUCCCACCAACCUGAAAUCGCUUUCUAUUUAUGAGGUCGAGAUUUGUACCUCUUUGCUUAAUUGGGGUUUGCACAGGCUCACCUCUCUGGAGAAGCUCAGAAUCGCAGGUGGAUGUCCCGGUGUGGUGUCCUUUCCACAAGAUGAGAUAGAUAUGAAGUUGUCUAACUCUCUUACCAGCCUUACCAUUGAAGGAUUCCAAGACCUAAAAUACCUUUCCAGCAAGGGUUUUCAAAGCCUCACGUCACUUGAAUAUCUGGUGAUCAAGAGAUGCCCUAAACUUGCCUCCUUUCCAAAGAAUGGCCUGCCUUCCUCUGUUUUGAGCUUGAAUAUCACAGAGUGCCCUCAACUUGAGCAGAAGUGCCUGAAGGGUAAAGGGCAAGAGUUGCUAGAAUUAGCCCGCAUUCCAGAGGUGAAAAUUGGACCUGAUAGUCAGAAAGAAAGCGAGCUACUUUAUGCAUUUUCAUGA